CAGUAGAGAGUAAAAAAGACAGUCACAGAGCAGCUGGACUUUGGUCUCGGAUCUAUCGAAUUUGACAUGGUACGCGGUAACUUACAUAAAUUCACGAAAGAGGGCUCUCUCUGGACUUUCAGACUGAGCAGAAAUGGAGACUCGGUCUUUGCAGGACUUUCAGGACUUAUGCACAUUUGAGGGUUUUAAGAGUUUCAGACACUACUACGGUUACGGCGUUGAUCAACAGGAGUUGAUAGAUCGGGAAUUUAAACGGAUUAAAGGUGUUACAUAUCUUGAUCAUGCAGGGACAACGUUAUUUCCUGAAUCUCAUAUUAAAGGAUUUCAUGAUGAUAUAUCUAGGAAUGUUUAUGGAAAUCCUCACAGUCAUAAUUCCAGCAGUAGACUAACACACGACACCGUGGAAAGUGUCAGAUAUAAGAUCCUGGAACAUUUCAAUACAAGUCCUGAAGAUUACUCAGUGAUUUUCACAUCAGGAUGUACUGCAGCACUGAAAUUAGUGGCUGACACCUUUCCCUGGAAGCCCAUGUCAAACGAAGAGCCAGGAAGCCAGUUCUGCUACCUCACUGACAACCACACAUCUGUGGUGGGCAUCCGCGGUGCGACCGCUCUUCAGGGAGUUGGCACAAUUUUUGUUCCACCUCGCGACGUGGAAACAAGAGCAAGAAAAAAACAGACACAAACAAAUGGAGAAGAGGAGUGCUCUACACCUCAUCUUUUCUGUUAUCCUGCCCAGAGUAACUUCUCCGGCAAGAAGUAUCCGCUGAAUUAUGUGAAGGGAAUUCAGUCUCAACAGCUCUAUCCAGCAUGUGAACACCACGGUCGAUGGUUUGUCCUCCUCGAUGCUGCCUGUUUUGUAAGCUGCUCGCCUCUGGAUUUAAGCCAGUAUCCUGCUGAUUUUGUGCCAAUAUCUUUCUACAAAAUGUUUGGCUUUCCGACCGGACUCGGAGCCUUGCUGGUAAGGAAUGAGGCUGCUGAGGUAUUGAGAAAAACGUAUUUUGGAGGAGGAACCGCAGCAGCAUAUCUUGUGGAAGAGAACUAUUUUGUUCCAAAGCAUAAUUUAGCCAGCAGGUUUGAAGAUGGCACAAUUUCUUUCUUGGACAUCAUUUCUCUUCAUCAUGGUUUUGAAACUCUUCAAAAACUAACAGGAAGUAUGACGAACAUUCAGCUUCACACAUUUGGUUUAGCUCACUACACAUAUACUGUCCUUUCGUGCCUGUGUCACAGCAAUGGAAAACAUGUGGCACAGAUUUACUGUGAUAAUGACUUUCAGAGUAUUGCAGAACAGGGUGCAAUCAUCAACUUUAGUCUGCUGGACUGUCAUGGACGAACAGUAGGAUAUUCUCAGGUGGACAAAAUGGCUAGUCUCUUCAACAUUCAUAUCCGCACAGGCUGUUUCUGCAACACAGGAGCCUGCCAACAUUAUCUUGCUAUCAGCAACCGAAAUGUGAAGAGUAAUUUGCAUGCCGGACACAUCUGUGGAGACAACAUUGAUCUGGUUGAUGGACAUCCCACAGGAUCCCUCCGUGUGUCUUUUGGGUAUAUGUCCAGUUUUGAAGACAGUCAGAACUUUCUUCGAUUUGUUGUGAACUGUUUUGUGAACAAACCCCUAAUCCUGGACCGAACAAAGCUAGCCAAGCUGAAUUUAGCUGCACCAACAGAAUUGUCAUCGUCUUUUCAUCUGACAUCAAUACCCAAUGACCAACGAAGAUGUGAGAAUGGCCAAAUUAACCCCCCUUCAUCUGACAGGAUGGCCCUAUCUGAAGUCACCAUGUCAAAAGAUGGAAAGAAGAAUAGCAGCAGCCAUACGCUAACCAAUCUUUUUAUCUAUCCUGUCAAAUCAUGCGCAUCAUUUGAGGUGACAGAGUGGCCGCUGGGACCACAGGGUUUGUUGUAUGACCGUUUGUGGAUGGUAGUGAAUGAGAAUGGAGUGUGUCUCAGCCAGAAAAGGGAGCCAAAACUGUGUCUCAUCCGUCCUGUUAUCUGGCUGGCAUCAAAUACACUGAAGCUGCAGGUCUCAGGCUCUGAAGCAGUCACUAUUCCUCUGGAUCCCAUUCUAGAAAAGUCAGAUCUGAGAACAUCCCAAAGCAAAGUUUGUGGUGACAGGGUACAGACAGUGGACUGUGGGGAGGAAGUCUCAGCCUGGCUUUCUGAGUUUCUGGGAAAACCUUGUCGUCUUAUAAGGCAGAGACCAGAAUUUAUGCGUGAUAUGAAAUUUGGAGGAGGAAAAGGUGACUAUUGUCCCACUCCUCUGUCUCUGGUGAAUGAGGCUCAGUUUCUGCUUAUUAACAGAGCCAGUGUGUGUUUUCUACAAGAAGGCAUUGCCAACAGACAUGACAGUGAUAAUGAAGGGACUUGGAGUGACACAGAGCAGCUCGUUCAGCGUUUCAGGGCGAAUCUUGUCAUCUCAGCAAAGGAACCGUUUGCAGAGGACAACUGGUCUCACCUUACAAUAGGAAGCACACAGUUUCAGGUGAUCGGGAAAUGUGGCCGCUGUCAGAUGAUUGGAGUUGAUCAAAAAACAGCCACUAGGACCCACGAACCCCUUAGGUCUCUUUCUGAAUGCAGAAGUGGAAAGGUGACUUUUGGAGUUUACUUGGCUCACCAAUCAGCAAAGAACUCCACUCACCCUGUUUUAGCCAUAGGUGAUCAUGUUAUUCCAAAGAUAUCUGAUUCGACAGAUAAACUUUAGAGGUUUUUUGUUAGUUUGAUAUCUAAUCGGUGCUUACAGCCUCAUUUUAUUUUUUUAUUAUAUAUUUGCAUAUCAUUUACUGUUUAAACAAAGUUUAAACAUUUUUUUAUAUUUAACAUGAAUAAUGACUUGCAUAUAAUAGUUGUGAAUUUUAAAAAGGUGUAAUAUAAAUAAAUAAAUCCUCAUUAUAACUGU